AUGGCCAAGCUCAACGUCCUGGUCUACGACGGCUCGGGCGUCGCCGCCGCCUCUCGCGACAACCUCGUGCGCGCUCUUCGCGCCUUCCUCGCGCACCGGUACGACGUGCAGCUCGUUACGCCCAAGCAGAUCAAGGACGAGCCGUGGACCAACAACUGCGCCCUCCUCGUCUUUCCCGGCGGCCGCGACCUCCCGUACCUGUUCGACCUCUCGCCGAGGGGCAACCGCCGCAUCCGCGACUGGGUCGAGCAAGGCGGGCGCUACCUCGGCAUUUGCGCAGGCGCCUACUACGCCUGCAGCGCGAUCGAGUUCGAGGUCGGGACGCCGCUCGAGGUCACCGGCGAGCGCGAGCUGUCGUUCUUCCCCGGCGUGUGCAAGGGCACCGUGUUCGCGGGCUUCAAAUACGACUCGGACGACGGCGCGCGCGAGUGCGACCUGACGCUGAACCGCGGCGCGUGGCGGGACCACUGGCCGCAGUCGCCCGAGACGUGCGAGGUGUGGUACAACGGCGGCGGCGCCUUCUUCCCGCCAGCGUCGCAGCCCGAGGGCUCGUGGUCUUCCUCGUCGUCGAGUCGCUCGUACGAGGUCCUCGCGACGUACUCGCAGGUCGAGGGCACCCCGGCGGCUGGCGUCCUGUGCCACGUCCGCCAGGGCAAGGCUGUCCUGUGGGGCACGCACCCCGAGCACUCGGCGCCCGACGGCGCCGACCCCGAGGCGCACGAGGCCAAGGAGCGUGCUCGGCUCAACCUUAUUCGCGGCAGCCUGUCGGCGCUCGACCUCGAGGUGUCGGACGCGCCGGCCCCGCCACCGCGGCUCCUGCCCCUCUUCCUCGCCUCGGACGACUCGUCGGCGACGCAGCGCACCGCCGAGGCGCUCGCUGGUGUCGCGCAGGCCACUGGGCCCGCCGAGGCGUCCAUCGUCGACCGCAACGACACGUUCGUCCUGCACGCGGCGUCGUCCGCCUCGCAGCUCCUGCACCGGGCGCGGCAUCCGGACACGCCGGCGCCAGAAGAGCCCGAGGAGCUCCAGAAGGAGCUCAAGCACAUCUGCAUCUGCGACGAGGCGCUGCCGCCGACCGCGCUCACGCCACUGUUCGACCUGGCCCUGUACUUUGCGACGCUGCGCACCGUCCAGCCGGCGCCGGCGCCGUUCGGCCACGUCCUCCUGUACGGCGAGGUCGUCACGAGCACGCAGACCAUGCUCGACAAGAACAACACCUUCCUCGGCGCACUGCCCUCGGGCCUCGCCUGCGUCGCCUCGCACCAAGUCGCCGGCCGAGGUCGCGGCGGCAACUCGUGGAUCUCGCCCGCAGGCUGCCUCCAGUUCUCGCUCGUCGCGCGCCUGCCCUCGACCGCGUCGUCGCGCAUCGUCUUUGUCCAGUACCUGUUCGGCGUCGCCGUCGUCGAGGCGAUCCGGGCCGUGCCCGGGUACGACAAGCUCGGCGUGUGCCUCAAGUGGCCCAACGACAUCUACGCCGACCUGGGUCUUGACGGCGGCGAGGGCAUGGAGCGGUACCGCAAGAUCGGCGGCAUCCUCGUCAACUCGAGCUUUGCCGGCGGCGAGUUCUCCCUCGUAAUCGGCUGCGGCAUCAACACGAGCAACCCUCGACCGACGACCUCGGUCAACGAGCUCGUCGAGCUGCACAACAAGCGGCACCGCACGUCGCUGCCGCUCUUCCGCCCCGAGACGCUCCUCGCCCUCAUCCUCGCGCGCUUCAACACGAUGUGGCCCGUCUUUGCCGCCGAGGGCUUCGAGCCUUUCAUCGACCGGUACCUCGCGAGCUGGAUCCACUCCGACCAGGUCGUCACGCUCGACUCGAGCCCGCCGCAGCGAGUGCGCAUCGUCGGCCUCACGCCCGACCACGGCCUGCUCCGCACAGCGCCCGUCGCGGUCGACCGCUCGGGUCGCGAGCUCUUCCUCGGCGCUGGCGCAGGAGGAGCACCAGGAGGAGGAGGAGGCGGCGCGUCGCAGUUUGUCGACCUCCAGCCGGACGGGAACCGGUUCGACAUCCUGAAGGGGCUCAUCUACGCCCGCACUGCGUAG